AGAUGGAGCAUGUGGAUACCAGAGAGCUACAACAACAGAAGCAACAGCAUUUUCAUGUGUUGGUGGUUGAUGAUAGUGUCAUCGACAGGAAGCUUCUGGAGAGGCUUCUGAGAGAUUCUUCAUGCAAAGCUACAUUCGUUGACUCUGGAGACAAGGCUCUGAAAUAUCUUGGCCUGCUUGAUAAUGCUUCCUCAACUUCUUCAGAAUCCUUGCAACAAGACGGAAUAAAAGUGAAUUUGAUCAUGACAGACUACUGCAUGCCAGAGAUGAGUGGCUACGAUUUACUCAGACGAAUCAAGGGAUCUUGUUGGAAAGAUGUACCAGUCGUUAUUAUGUCAUCAGAAAAUGUCCCUUCCAGAAUCAGCAUGUGCUUGGAAGGAGGGGCACAGGAAUUUCUAUUGAAGCCUCUUCAGUUAUCAGAUUUGAAGAAGCUUCAGCCGUACUUUAAGAAAUUCUUUGAUAAUUCUAGUAAACAAGAAUCUGCUAACAGUUCCGUAGCUUCUCACAACGAUGAUAAUAACAAGAAUCUGGAGCAUAGUUUUAAAUCAUCUGCUAUUGUAUCAACAAUAUUGCAGUUUUGGAAGUCUCUGUAA